AUGAUGUGCAACAGUAUACUUUUCGUGUUUUUCGCCACGGCGAUCGCCAUGGCGCCACCGAAAAUUACUUCAGAUGAACAUCAGAUCCAGGUGGGGUUGAAUGUUGCUUCACUUCUUACCUUGAAGCUCUACGGAACCGCAUAGAAAGCUUAGAAGUUCCAUGUUUUUUGGAAAACAAAGAAAAAUUCAACCUUCACAUCAUGCCAUCGCAGUUUUUUGUCUGAAUGAGCCGUGCCUCGUGGUUAUUUGAAAACUUGAUAAAUUGAAUGUUUUUCGUAAACGUGUGAGAUUUAUCUAAGAAAUUUGAGUCGAGCAAAUGUUUUUCUUCGAUUUAAUUAUUACAAUAUGAGGUAGGACGCAAGUCUUCAUUUAAAUGGUUCAUGUUAGAUCGAAUAAAUAAGCUGUUUCCCAAAAGUUCAACUUCCAACUUGAAAUAAAAAUUGGAAUCAAAACUUUGGAGUCAAAAUACGUACAAAUUAUUCUCUUGAAAGUACAAACACAAGGUUUUCGUUCAACAAACCGAAAUCUCAGACGAAGUUUGAAAAAACAGCUUUUUUUUUCAAUUACAGCUUCCCAUUCUCAAGAGUUCAUUUUUUCCAAAUCGCACGCGAAAUGUUUGCAUGUUCUUAUCCAAUUACUUUGCUUAAUCUUGUUUGGUUUUUUUUUGUGAAAGAAUACUUAGAACGCUGCAAACAAAAAAUGAAGCGAAAUCGACUUCCGGCUGAUAAACUUUAGUCAUGCGGGGUCUUGAAGAUGAAAAAAAAACGUUCUUAUGGGAUUGAGCUGAGCAGGAUAGAAGAAGGAAACGCUUUCUUAAAAAUAAAAUGUUCAGGAACACGAACAAAUCGGCAAGUUUUUGGAAGUCGCCGCUCACACAAAUGUCAAGCUUGUCUGCUCUGGAAGAUUCGGUAGGUUAUCUAAUUUUGAAAAAAAACCUUGGAAAAUUUCUCAGAGGUUUUUCGAAAAAAAAAGUGUUAAAACCAACCAAUUCUUGAAAAAUCAAAACUAAAUUUUCGACAAUGAGAUAAAAAAAAUUUUUUCUUGGAAAACGAUCCUUGUAAAGACAAAUUGGAACUUGUUUCGGCUUAGCCUGAAAGAAAAAAUUUACGGCGACAUUGCAGAAAGUCUGGAGUUCACGUAUCCCAAACUAGAUGAUCACCUCGGUUACGACGAGGAAGAAGUCAAUGGAAGACGGUCCAUUUCUGUGGAUGACGCUUAUGGAGACGUCAUUUUGGAAAUCAAAGAUGUCAAGGUUUGUCCGAACAAGCUGGAGCUCAUGAAAGCUUUUUAUCUUCGAGCUAACUUGCUGGAAGUUUGCGGAGACGUUAUGAAUCAAAUAUCUGAUAGUUCAAGCUUGCGAAAAAUUUAUGGGAAAGAUGGAUAAGACCUUUUAUAUGUUUUUUCGACGAGUGGCUUUUGGUGUUCCGAAAAAAACUAAACUUGGGUGUUCAAGUCUGAGAGUUUUUCUGUUUUUUUUUUCAAAAGAGCCAAUGUUCAAAAACAUUUUAAAAGAACAUAUUGGGCGACUGUUUUGCGAUUAAGUUUCACGAAAUUAGUUUUUCUCAUAAUGAAUAAGAAAAUUUCCAUUUUCAGGAGACUGAUACUGGAUCUUAUGGCUGCCGCGCUACUGAUCACACAUCUUUAAACGAAUCCGUUUAUAUUUUUGUUCAAGGUACAAAUCUUUGCAAGAAGUAGUUCGCAGAUUCAAAGCUACUGUAAUUCUCAGAGGAGAACUCGUUCGUGCCCCUGAAAGCGUUGGGAUUCGCCUAUCCCCACGGGCACGUCAUCAUUCCGUGCAAGGCGACGUCAUUCUUUGAUAAAAGUGACAUCAAACUCCGAGGAAAUGGAAAAGCGAUUAAAGACGCCCAGAAACAUUAUGAUCAUAGGUCAGUAACUGUCAAAAUUCAUAGAAGAAGAAUUUCUCGAAAGAAAGAUAAUGGAAGAUUUAUGAUUAUCACAAGUCAAAAAAGUCCCCCCUAGGAGUGAUGCAACGUUGAAUUGUCCAACAACAACGCUGCUUGUGACAAAAACAUGCAGGGCAAAUUAAAGAAUGAGAACAAGGGAUUAUGGAAAAAGCUUGAAAACGUAUCAUUAGAUUAAUAAUCAUGUGAGAACGCCAUAAAACUCAUAAAAAGUUAAAAAGCAAAGUUGGAAAAAGCAGGAAUUUCGAGCUUAUUGAAUAUUUCUUGAAUAGAAAGCCCAUGCCUUGUAAAUAAACUAAAAUCGGUUGAAAACCAAAACUUAGACUGAACAAAGAAAAAAAUUCGGUUAUGGAAAGAUUGUUGAAUCUCAUUGAUUAAUCCAACUUCACUGUAAUCUAUCAAAUAUAUUUGAUUUUUGAACUUGACCUAAAGAGAUCAAAAAGAUCUCUGCAUGAACUCCUGUGAGUAGGUGAAGUACUGAAAGUUUAAUUUUUUCACAUACGUUUUUAUGAGUCUCGAAGGAUUUGGAAAUUCCCUUGAAGGCUUAUAUACAAAAUAAUUGAAGUUGAGCUAGUUUAAAAGGUGAGGAUGAUGAUAAAAAAAUUUUUUUAUAAGGCUCGAGGGGAUAAUAUUGAUGAUUUUUUGAAAACGUGCUUGGGAAAACGGCUUUCAAAAAAACAGCGAAUUUCAGGGACUUUUUUUGAGAAUUAUCACAAUAAAAAAAGUUUAUUCUGUCAUUUUAGAUACGGAUUCAAAUUGACCAAAAAAAUGUACGAAUCUCGUCCAAUCGCUCAAGUUCCGUUCGAAUGUUCUCAUCCGGGAUUACCGCACAGCAAAAAAAGUGGUGAAGCGGUCACCUACUUGAUCACCGAGAAAGAAGAAGAGCCGGAAAGUGGCGAAGACGAAGAUUAUCAACUUUACUGGACUGAGGUGGAACUCUUUUUUCCUUCUAAAGAUAAUCAGUUUCAUCCAGUCAUCCGAAUGGCCUCACCAAGGAAUGAACUACACAUUGACUUGCCAUUUGACCUACUCAGGAAAAGGACCUUUCCUAGCGUACGUCAACAAACUUCAAACUUCUUGCCCACGUUGCUCCAAUGAUCCUAAUGUUUGCAAUAAAGUUACAAGGAAUCCUCAAAAAAGAUAAUUUUAGAGCCCAGCGUAUUCUGAAAUGAAUCGGAUGAUUGAUAAAGGGAUCCACGCAAAGAUAAGGAUACCAGAAAUGAGCGCCGAAGAUACCGGAGAUUUUACUUGCUCCUGGAGCAGAGAAGGACGGACUCAGAACAAAGUCAUCACGAAGAAAAUUGAAGUAUCUCCGACUGUAAAUCAGAUCAAGGUUCGUUGAAAAAACAUUUUUUUUCACUGUGAACCAAAAAACGAUUGUUGUCCGAAUUUCUUCAAAAUAAGCUUUUGAAUAAAAAAUAAUCGUUUUGGGCAUAGCGAAUCCUAAGCAAAAUUAGCAUCAUGGUGAAGAAUUUCCACAACUGUAUGUGUCCCCCGACCUGAAAUGGUUUGCGCAAGGCAUCUUAAUAAACUUUCAAAAAAUCAGCAGAAUGAAAUGAGUAGACAGUGGGUCGCUUUCAAGCGCAACGUGACCACGAAAGUUUCUGACUUUCUAUUUGCAAUUAGAUUUUUUGGGUCGAAACUAUUAAAAUAAAUCAUCAGGUAAAUCAGAACGAAGCCUUUCAAAAAGUGGCUCCAAAGACGCGGGAAACCCUGUCUACCAAAAUGCCCAUAUUCUCACUUGAUACCUGUUUUCCUGAUUACUAUAUUUUUUUCAGAUUGUUACUCGUAGCCCUUCUACUGUCAAUGUUGCCGAAGGAGAACCGCUCUCUUUGAAUGCGAAAAUAGCAAUUUAUCCGAAAAAUAAGGAACUUUAUCGUACCAAAUGGAUCCGAGUAAGUUGCGAAAUCCGAGUCAAAUUUAAUCAAAAAAUCUUCUUAGAACGUCGUCCUCCCAAUGGAGAGGGAUGAAAAAGUUCAACUAUUGGUCAGUGAUGCUGACAAAACUAUCAGCAGCGAUAGCGAGGACAAUGUUUUUGAUGAAUCUUUGGUUUUCAAUGGGAAUGCGGCUAAAGUCUCUUCAAAUGGAAGGUUGGAACAAAUUAUUUUUGAUUUAAAACAAAUGCGAUGAUUACAGAUACCUCCUACGGAUUUCACAUGGGGAUGUUCAGGAAACUAUCGCGUGGGAUGUAAGUUGAUUUAGUCUCGAAAUUUGAGUUCGCAAAAUAAAAUAAUUCAAACUUCUUUGAAAAGACUGCAAUAGAAAAUGGGAAUAAACUUUUGAAAAAGUUCGAAUUUCAUGGUUUUAUUAGGAAAAAGCUCACUCGUUUUUUUCAGGUUAACGUUACCAGCGAAAAAGUCCUACCAAGAGCCUUGAUCCAUACUGAGCCGAAAUUCGAACUUUUCGGCCAGAAGUUCUUCAUGUUGGGAGCCCUUGUUGAAGUCGAUUGUAUCGUUGCUGCGAAUCCCCGGGCAGAAUUGAAAAUUGGAAGACGAAUGUUAGUUUUUUUUAAACUAGAAUGGAUAAUCCUAAAUUUCCAGGAAGCCUCAUGAGAACGGAGAGUUUGCCAACAUUCCUCGCCUUUUUGACAGAAACGAUGUCAACGGAACUUAUGAAGUUGCUACUCGGUGGAGAGUCAACGUCAGAGAGGAGAUGGAGGUUCAAUGUCAAGGAAUUCGUGACGGAAAGGUAACAUUUUUCAAUUUCGGAAAAAUAGUCUUUCAAAAUUGGUUUGCAGAAAAAAAUCGAAAAUUUCUUUAUUUUUCUCGAAUCCGACAUUCAUCUUCUCUAAAGAUGUUGUAACAGUAAAAUAUCGGAAAAAAUUGAAAAUUCCGGUAUCUUACAAAAGGGAGACUUAGGAUUUUUGCGACAUCAAUUACAAUUUUCGAAAAUUGAUUCUAUAUUGAAUUUAUUUUUGGAAAAAAACGGAAGAAGUUGUUUUUUUCAGAAAAAGGAUGCAAUCAAAAGAUCAGAAUAAAAAAAUUUUUACGAACAUGACGGGCCUUGAUAACGCAAACCGAACGUAAAUCGAACGAGUCGGGGCAUAUCCAGUGACCACUUUAGUAUCGUAAGCAUUCUUAAAUGAACCCUGGAAUUGUUCAGAAGCGCGCACGGUUUCCGUUACCUAGAUCUGAAAAAUCCUCAAUUCCUUUUUCACCAAGAUUUUUUCAGAGCAAAAAUGCUCGUGUGACAAUUUACGUGGCUCAAAAUGAACCAACUGCGACAAGAAGAGUCGGCAAGCACAGAAAUGCCAUGUCGAAUGAGGAUGCAAGAGAAAUCGUCGAAGGCGAUAAUGUCGCCAUAAAUUGCAUGAUUCCUGAUUCUGUUGAUUGGUAAUUUUUAUCGAAUUUAAGAGAAAUGAGAUUAUCAAUUGUUACAGGAACGUGACGUGGUGGAAAGGAGACAAGCAGUUGGUUGCUGUACCUUUCAAAGAUUCUGUCAGCAGACAUGUCACGUCUUCUAUCAGGUUCGUGAAAGAAUGCGAAAUAAAAUAGAUUAUUCAUCAGGAUUUAACUGUAAAAAAUUCGAACUUUAUGAAAGGCAAAUAAGUGUUCAAAAAAUUAUUAGUUUCAAAGCAGAAAAAGGUUUUGAAAGCUUCAAAAAUCAGUGAACAAAGGGUUGUUUUCUUUUGGCUAAGCCAAAACGCAGUUGAAAGCGCGAAAUCGUCCAUUCCGUUAUGAACACUUUAAGACCACGACGCGUUCAGCGGUACUUACUUUUUUGCAACAUUAUUGUUUAUCGAUUCAGGAAUAUAACAGUGGCUAAUGGAGGAGAAUACAUCUGCCAGUUGCAAAAAGGAGAUGAAAUCAAGAAAUUGUCCGUCAUGGUGAACGUGAGUUUCAUAUGAGUACCUUUUAGAGAAUAAAUUCCAAUCACGACAACUUUAUCAAGCGUUUGAAGAAGCUCGAAAUUUGCUAAGUGACUUUUGAAAACUGCUGUUUUAAUUUUCAUUCUUCUUGCAAUCCUUCUCAUUUUUUUCAAAAAUUUAUUUUUUCGAACAAAUUUUUUUUUAUGAUCCAGUGAAAAUUUUUGACUUACAGGUUGAAAAAAGCUCAGCUCCCACAUUGAUCAAGCCUCUGCCGUCACAGCCUCUGAGCUUGGUCUACGAUGAAUUCGCUGAAAUUCCAUGCAACAUUGAAGGAUCUCCUACACCUGAAUUUGUAUGGUCAGUUACUAUCUUCGAAAAUGAAGAUGAUAUUGACGCUUUAAUGUUUCAGGUACAAAGACAAUCAAAUGUACAGGCACGGUGAUACAAACCUGAAGAAUGGCUCUUUGAUAAUUCCGCGCGUUGGAGCGGAAGAUGAAGGAAAUUUUCGGUGUGAGGCUAGAAAUCGCGCUGGAUGGGCUGAGUACAAACUUAAAGUCAAGGUAAGAACUUGCCACUAAAAAAUAAAAGACGAUCUUUUAUGAAAGUUUAUAUUGAAACAAAUUCGAUACAAAUGUUUCCUUUCAAUUAAAUUUUCCAAAUUGCUGCUUUGAAUUUUUUCAUUCGAGUUAUUCCUUUUCCAGGUUCCUGAUGCUCCUCAAGGUUUAACCACUGGUAUCGUGGCAACUUUGGUCACCGCUUUCGUUGUUCUCGGCAUUUGUCUCGGCGCAGUCCUUUUCUACGCGCGUUGGCAGAACAAAAGACUGAAGCUCAAAGAAGCGUAUGGAUUCAUCUUCUUUAAGCUGAAAUUCCGUCGUUUUUUAGUGCGAUGCUGCAACUGUACGAGCAAAUGAUCAAGAGUCAGCCAGGACCUCUUACUGAAGCGAACUUGAAGCUGCCGAUUGACCAGAGGGUUUAUCAACUCCCUUAUAAGAACGAGUUUGAGCUGGAUCGAAAAAAUUUGGAGCUGGAGGGUUUGGUAAGUAUUUCUUAUUCUGAAAAAAAUAUUGCAUAGAUUUAUUCAGUUCCCACAAAAAUUGUAUUGUCCAGUCCUACCUAUAAAAAUAUUUUUUUUAAUUUCUAAAACUUUUUUCUAUAAGAAAACCGGAAAAAUUUCAUCGCGAAAGCUUUAGAUUCUCAAAUUUUUUCAAACAAAUCAAACUUUUUUUCAGCUUGGCCAAGGAAACUUUGGAAGAGUUCAUCGCGGUUUGCUCAAAAAACCAAAUUCUGACGCUGCCGAGGACCGUUUGGAAGUUGCUGUGAAAUGUAUGUCUCUUUUUUUGUGUUGACCGAAUUGGGAAUUUUAGCGCCCCUCAACAAGUACGACGUGGCGCAAUAUCGCAUGCUCGCAGAAGAACUGAAGAUUAUGUGCGCCAUUGGGAAACAUCCAAAUGUUCUUGCUCUUGUUGGAGCCGUUACCGAUUGCAUGAAACGGUUUUUGGCAGAAUAAAAUAUUAAGGAAAAUGAAUGAUUAAUUUUUCAGCGGAGAGCUUUUCGUCGUGUUUGAGCUGUGUGAGAAUGACAGCUUGAGGAACUACUUGUUGAAGCAUAAAGCGAGUUUCUUGAAUGAAUUGAACAAGGUUCAAGACGACGAUGACGGCUACAUGCGACCAAAAAGCGCCCACAAAUCUCAAUACGCUGUGAGUUAUUACUUUUUGGUUUAAAGUCUCAGGACUCAAAAAAACAUCUUUCCAAAUUUAUCUAGUUCAGUAGAAGUUAUACAAAGAAAACCUUAAAAUUUGUUUCUCACUUAUUAUCUUACAUGACCUAAUAAUAAAAAAAAGCAGAAAAGGGGACUUUUUUUAAAAUAAUUUCACUGAAAAGGUGAUACAGGACAUUUGAAAAAAACUUGAAAUUUAAAGAAAAAUUUUUUUCUGCAACCUGUUGCGAUCAUUUAAAAUAUAGAAAAAAAUAUAUCUAAUAACUUUUUUUAGUCGGAGACCGACCCAAACUGGGAAUCCCAGCGCCUUUUGGAAGAAAACGCUUCGAUGCUCUCGACUUCUGAUCUCAUCGCUUUCUCCUAUCAGAUUGCUAGCGGCAUGGAAUACCUCUCUUCCAUCCCGGUAAGAUCUAUUUUUAUUCACUCAAAAAAUCUAAAAAUGUUUUUAGUGCCUUCAUCGUGACUUGGCUGCAAGAAACGUCUUGCUAACUUCGACUCGAAUCUGCAGAAUUGCUGACUUUGGAAUGGCCAGGAAACAGGAGGGCGACUAUUACAAGUACAUUUUGAUAUUUUCUUCAUUAAUCGAUCUUUUAUUCUUUUUAGAACUGUCAUGAACAAGAACGAAAGCGUCCCAUACCGUUGGAUGUCGAUCGAAGCUAUUCGCGAUCAAAAGUUCACCGUUCAGGUACCAAAUUAGAAGAAAAAGAUUUGAAACGUCGUAAAAGAACUUCAAAAAGCUCAUAACUGUAGCUUUUGCGCGAUGUUCAAAAGUUCGAACUAUUUUCGCUGCAUGCGAAUUCAAGUAUUCUAGAAAAUAGGACGCGCGAGUAGUUUUUAGUUGGAUGCGAUCAAUUAAUUGGUUUUUUUUCUUACGUCGGGUAACAUUUUUUGCAAUACACUUGCGGAAAACGGAAAGUGGUUUAACAAUAACUCUUUUUCAGUCUGACGUCUGGUCCUUUGGAAUUCUUCUCUACGAAAUCUUUGACCUUGGAGGAGUGCCUUAUCCUUCGUGCUCGAAUUUCGAUUUGUUCCCCCGUUUGGUCGCCGGAUACCGCAACGCUCGUCCGCCUUAUGCCCAUGAGAACAUGUAAAAUUCCGAUUAAAUGAAAAAAAAGAAAAAAGAUUUCCAGCUACUCUCUGAUGCUCCAAUGCUGGACAUUUACUCCGGAACAACGUCCGUCGUUCUUGCAGUGCAUGAUUUUCUUGAAGGAACAGCUCCGAAUCGCUUCUCCUAAGGUUUUUUUUGAUUCAUCAUUUCUGUAUAAGUAAACUCGCCGUUCUGAUAAUCGAACGCAAGUUGAUCUAAAAAAAUAUGUAAAGAGAUUUUUUUCGAGAUAGCUCAGUUUGACUGAUCUGUUAAAUUAAUAUUUUAUGUUUUAGUACUACUACAAUUUGGAAAACCAGCUCCACGAAGAAAUGCGGAAACAGAAUCAACUGUCCUCCUGGCUGGAACCGUCCCACCCGCCUCAGAACGAGCCUGAGGAUCCGCGCAUUUUGGCCAGCUUCUCCCCCCAGCCAUCAACUUCAACUGCUGAAAGAAUCUACAUUCCGGAGUUCCCUAACAAAAAAGACGCUGGAAAAAUAUCUCAGUAA